CUCGAGCGCCGUUGACCUCGCUUGAAGAUGGGCAUUUGAGUAUCUUCUUUGCAGCGAAGAUGAAGCGUCUACUCCUAACUCUACUUUUAUUUGAACGAGCUGCUCGAUUGUUGGCGACUUCCUCCAGUCCACUGGCCCUAGGUGACUUGAAGUAUGACGAAGAUCCAUUUAAGUGUCCGUCUGGCAGCGUCUUGACAAAUACCGAUGUUUGCAAUGGAGUUUCUGAAUGCCCUAGAUAUUUUGGGCGUCGUGAAUUUUAUCGGUAUAUAGAGCCUGAGCCUGAAGAGGAAGAUUCUUCCCUCUGCGCUCCUAAGGAAUUCCUGUGGCAAGGCUUGGACAUGAUUGCCCAUCACACCACGAACAACGCUACCUUUCUCACGUGGUCGUCUGCUGUGGAGCCAAGCCUAGAGGCUACACCUGGCACGCACUUGCAUGGAAACGAAGCUGUGCAACUUAGCGGCUACUUUCUGACGGGAAAAUCGCUGGGCCACACCUUCCAGAAGAUCUUGAAGCCAAGUAUCACCGAAUACAGUUUGCAUGGUCUGAAGCCCUGGACCGAUUACAACAUUACGCUGAGGAAGUUUUACCUGAGCGACGAGGACGGUGGUCAAACAAUGAGAAUAGGACGGGCAGCAGCAUUAACAGUGCGGACACGGGCGGGCACUCCCCUUCCGCCAAGAGAAAUCAAGAUAAUCUCAUCAGGACAAGGAAAGGUCAAUCUACGCGUCGUUGACCCUAUCGCUUGGAAUGGAUUGCCGCUCAAGUAUCACUUCCGAUGGGAACCUCGAGACCCCCAAAUCGGACUUCCUGGAAACACUGAAAUCGAUAUACCUUCAACGCGGCCUCACGACCAGGAUUGGAUGAGCGUUCUUUUGUCGCUAGAACCUGGUGUAAGGUACAUAGUGCAUAUCUCGGCAAAGAAUACCGGAGAAAGUCAGAACAUCACACUUCAAAGUCCGGCCAUUUCCCAAGAUAUAUCCACUAUUCCAAUGGACCCUAUUAACCUCAAGGCUGACUCACUCAGCUCUCGAGAAAUAUUAGUGCGUUGGGGCGUCUCCGGUCAUGCUGAAUUCUUUCGGGUAAAUGUGAGCUGCUGCAAUGAGAAUCCACAUUUUGGUGCUUCCUCUGAACCUCGAAAUGAUUUCAACGGUUUUCAACACAAAACUGCGACCAUUCUUGUUGACGGAGGAGGCACGCAAUCUUCUACGCGGAGCGUUAUCGUGUAUCAAUUCCCUGGGUUCAAGAAUUGCACAGUAAAAGUGGAGGCCUGUUCACUGAGUGGGUGUAGCGGCGCAACAACCACAUCGGCCACUGUACGACCUAUAGUCAUUCCAGAACCUGUGAUUACUGGAGUGGCUUCAAACAGCACGAGCUCCUUCGAAAUAACGUGGACCUUCGCUUAUCAGAACACCAGCUAUUGUGAUGGUUUCCUGGUUCGAUAUUGCUCAUCAGCAUCAUUCUGCCGGGAAAACUACACACAUACCAACAGCAUCAAUGCAAUCAACCUCAGCUCUGACACGGUUUUUGACAUUGAAGUACGCGCCCGAAUAGAACGCAUCGAUGGCCGCGUCGAGCUGGGACCCCCUGCCAAGGCGAAAGUUUCUACGUGGACAGAAGUUCCACUUCAGCCCGGAUUGAAGGUUCGUGCCCCGACAGUGAGAUCAAAUUGGCUUGUACUCUUUUGGACAUUCAUCAACAGCACUGUCGACUACCUUCAGGUAUCGACAAACGAAAAUGCUUGGACAGACUGCACGGACGACGUUGGAUGCGAUAUGGCUGUCAUAUAUGGGUGGACGCCUGAGUUCAAGACUGGGUUCCUUUCGCUCAAGAGCCUUGUGCCCUACACAAACUACAGUGUCUCGUUAAGAGGUUGCAGCAAGGGUGGCUGUGGAGGCAACUCAACUGUGCAUAUUAAGACUGGCAUGGCAGCCCCAGGUGCGCCAGGUGGUUUAAAGGUUUUGAGUCAGAACAGCACCGGGGUGGUCGUAGCCUGGGAGCAUCCUCACGUGCCAGCCGGACCGCUGAAUGGUUACAUCGUUUCCUGGCAAUGCCCAUCCAGUGAAAAGCUGAGCACAACUGUUGAGGACCUUCAAAUAAUUGUUCAAGAUCUUCCGCAAGAAGGGUCGAACUGCACAUUUUGGGUGUCUGGCUUCAACAACACUCCUGAAGGGCACCUGCUGGUCGGCGAGGCCGCUAAUAUAUCUCUCCCAUAAUCCAUGCUCUCAAUGUGCCAUUUUUCAGAGCUCUAUGUCUUAACUCUCUAUGAAUGUUUUCUUCAGCUUUUGAAUUUCAAUAAAGUAACACUCUCUUUGAA